CUUUCGUUCUGCCCGCCGGUUCGCAGCAAUAUGGUCCUGGGGAUGUGGUACGCCCUUACCAUCUCCUCAAGUCUUUUGUACCCACUUAUGGAGGGCGUACAAUCUGCUACUUCGUGAUGAAGCGCAGCCACGAACUUGAAUCCAGCGGGCAGAUCCUUUGGUGCUUUCCGUAGGUUACUCAACCUACCCGGGAUCGUCACGCUUUCCCAUCCCCCAACCACCGGCCGAUCUGAGACACUGCUUACAAAAUCCCCCACUUCUUCUUCCUGGAUGGGUGUCUCUUCAGUGGACGAGCUGCUAGAUGACGCAGUAGGCUGGUCGCCACUAUCAUCCCUGGCGCUCGAACUGGCGCUUGCCUCAGGCGCCAUUCUUUCCGGCGAGUCCUGCAACUCAGGCGGCACUAUCAUAGUGAUAGGCUCCACUGACAAUACCCCUGCCUCUUCCCCCUCUCUGCCCUGGUUACCUCGUUGCUCUGUGAGUUCUCUUAAUGAAACCAUUUUUACCUAAAACUGAGUGUGAAGUUGAUUCGAUGUACGGGUUCUUCAAGCUGGAGCUGUUCUGCUUCAGAGAAUUUUGGAAAGUUUAAGCAAACACAGAAAUGAAAAUGAAAGAGGAAACGGUUACGCAGAGAAGGAUAUGGUAGUGUUAAUUGCCGUACGCGUGUUUCUGACGCGCCAAUUCGCGUCAUACACGUGGCGCACGCUUAACGUUCCUU